AUGACAACAGUAACAUCCGCCGUAAUGGCAUCUAAACAAUUAUUACUAUACUAGAUAUCUAGUAUACUACAGUAGUGAAAAGUAGAUAGAUCUACAAAUAUUAAUGUAUUCAUAAUGCACUAUUUUAUUCAAAUUCGUACUUAUUAGAAUCUAUGAUGAUAUAUAUAAGUAUGCUGUCAGUCUGAUCUGAAAAAAUGUCUAGACAAGCAACAAAUAGAGGAAGACAAGCAGAAAAAACAACAAAACCGCCCACUGCUGUAGCAACUCCCACAUCAGCCCAUGACAUUGUGCCUGGAAAAUAUAAUGAGAAUGACUGGAAUAAUAUGUUGGAAAAAGACAGUGGAGAAGAAUUCUGUCUAGAUAUUGUAGAAGAACUCAGUGAAAAAGUUUUAUCAGCUAUAUAUGACAGAUACAUUGAAAAUCAGCUUUACCCUUUUACAAUAUCUCAAGCCAAAAAUGCUCUCACAGAAAUUAUUGAGUGGCAAUUUUUAUCUAGAGAUGAUGGUGAGAAGGAUACUGAGAUGAACUUGACAUGGACACAAGAUGAAGAGCCUGAGCCAGCCGUUACAGACUGUUGGGCCCAAGGCUCUGUGCCUAAAAAUUAUAUUCCACCUCUGACUCCCCUGGUUGGGAUACCAGAAGAGGAACCAGUUGUUGUGGAGGAAAUUUCAAACACCCCACUCUCAGCAAAAGUAGUAAAAGAAGAUGUUAUAGAGCUCCCAGAUUUUGUCUCUGACAAUGAAGAGGAAGCUAUAAAGCAGGAAGAAAGCAGCAAGGAAACAUCUACUGCUGUCACAAAAGAAACUAAAGCUAAAGAAACACAGGCCAAGCCAAAAUUCCGUCCCUACAGAGGAAAGUUGAAGUCGGCCAAAGUAGGACAAAUGACAGAAUCCUUAGAAGAGACUGAAAUGAAGCUGCACUUCAGUGAAGUCAAUAUUGAACCAGAAAAACAUAGAGUUAGCGUGAUAAUGCCCACUUCCUGUGCUAGUUUACUGAAGGCACAGAAUGGCCGACCACCAGGCAACAAAGAAGUAACUUUUGAUGAAAUGGGCAAUGUAGUAGCAGUUGUUAAACUAGACCCAGAAAAACUACCUAAUCACAAGAUCACUGUAAAGUACCAUGUAGUUGAUCCAGCUUUAGAAAGUAAACUGGAAGCAGUGAAAAAAGCCAGCAGCAAAGUGAAGACUCAUUCUUUCAAAACAAACAUUGAAACAAAAGUGAGUAGCAAAUCGAAACAUCGUUUAGCUGCAACAAUAACCCCUCUUCCUCCACCUCUGAAAACUCAAGCAAACUCUAUAACUUCAGUAAAAUCAUCAGCUGAAAAUUUGGUUCCUGUGAUUGAAGAAAUGGAAUUGUCCAGAGGUGUUAUUGUUAAAGAAGGUGGCAGAGUUAAGAAAGGACCUGGGCUGUUCUAUAGAAAGCUUGAUUUGCUAGAGGAAGGUCAAAAGGGACUCAAGCAGCUCAAUUUGAGAAUAGCUAAUCCAGAGUUUAGUGUAAAUGAUUUACUAGACAGAGCUACACCUAUUCUCCGGCCACUUGGAGAAACCCCUCCUCUACCUCCUAUAGUGCCCCAACCCCCUCCACAGAGAACGCAGUACAGUGUGUGAAGAAUAUCUGUUUUGUGUAAGAAAAAAAAUGUUUGUUAUGGAGUAUGCAAGAAUGGUACAUAUUAACUUAGUUACCAGUAUAAGAAGAUGACAGCAAAUCUAGAGUAAAAAGUGUUUUGUAAUCAUUCAAAAAAUCUUAAACGAUUGAAAUUUUUCUGUAUAUCUAUAUUUGAAAAUACAUUUGAAAUGUUUCUUUUUUUUUUUUUCUUUUUAAAAAAAAAAGUUAAGAUUUGAACCAAGAAGUAAAAAAAGAAAAGAUCAUUCCAACUUUCUAAGAAAAAUAAAGAUAGAAGAUACUUUGACUUAUUUUUAAAUAUUCACAAUACAUUUCUUGUAGAACUAUUCUUGCAAGAAUAUAAAUACAAUGUUUUAUGUAAAUAUCAGAUCUGUAUAUAAUACCUGUAGUUUCACAAAAAUUGUGAUACUGCCAGAUGUUUAUAGGAAGACUGUUGUUUGGUUAGUUAAACAUAUUACAUGAAUUUUCUUGUAAUAAUAAGACAUUUUUAGUAACUUAGAUGUUCAAAAGCUAAAAACAGAAUUAUAAAAUAUGCCAUUUUAUAGCUGUUUUUGUUAAUGUCCUUUAAGUCACAUCAUUUGAGAACUGAUAAAGUUAUAAUCGAUUACAUUAUUAAAUUUGAGAGUUAAGGAAACAAUAUUUACAAAUAUAAAAAAUUGUUUUACAAAUGAUAAUCUAUUUUUUUUAAACCUAAAAAAAUACUAAAUUAAAAUCAAGACAUCCAUUCACUUCUGCUAUGCCCAUUUAAGCUUAUAGUCAAAUUUAUGAUUAAAAACUUCUUAAGAUUAUUCAUUUAAUAAACUCAUGUCCAAGGAAGAAAGGUUGUUCAAUUCUGAGCAAAUCUAAAUCUUAUAAUGUCUGAAGAAUAAACUGUCCAGUGAAAACUU